AUGACCGAAUGCCCACUCCUAUAUCAAUCGGACAAUUGGCCUAAAAUUCUGCGUUUAACCUCUUACUGUCUUCGAGUGCGCGAUUGUUUACGGAAGAAGGUCGUGCCAGAUAAAGCUGUUCCACCCACCACAGUGGAGACAACCAAUGCGAUGUGGGCUCUGGUUCACUGGACGCAAAGAGUUUUCUUCGCAGAAGAGAUAGAAAACCUGCGGAGCCACCGUAAGUGUUCCAUAAAGUUACGGAAAUUGGCCCCUUUUUUGGACAAACAGAAUCUACUUCGAGUGGGAGGACGCCUGCGACAUUCAGAUUUGCCCUACACUGAAAAAUACCCAGUGCUUUUGCCUAAAGAAGCUCGCUUGACGGCAGUUCUGAUUGACUACGUGCACCGUAGUAAUUGCCAUCCAGGUCCCAACGCAGUACAAAACAUUCUGCAACAGUCCUUUUGGAUAAUAUCGGUGCGAGGUGUUAUCCGAAAGAGAAUACAUCGUUGCAUACCUUGCUUCCGAGCUAAUCCUCGGUCCCCACAGCCAUUUAUGGGGAACCUUCCACGUGCGCGUUUGGACCACGUUAAGGCCUUUAAUAAAACCGGCGUAGACUUUGCAGGUCCUUUUAAUGUAAAGGCCGCACUGUUACGAAAACUUCGCAUAACAAAAGCAUAUUUGUGCGUCUUUGUGUGCAUGUCAACCACCGCAGUGCAUUUGGAACUCGCAUCGGACCUUUCUACACCGACGUUCAUGGCAGCUCUAGAUCGUUUUCUUGCACGUCGAGGGCAAUGUUCGGACAUGCAUAGUGACGGUGGCACGAACUUUACUGGUACUCAACGGUAUCUGAGUGAAGUUCAUGACAUCAUCAGUUCGCAGUCCUACACGCGUCAUGUAACUGAGAAGCAGAUAACAUGGCAUUUUAAUCCACCAUCAGCCCCUCACAUGGGUGGAAUGUGGGAAGCAGCUGUUAAGUCGGCGAAAACAUUGUUGAGAAGAGUCAUACAAGAUCAAAUACUGACAUACGAAGAACUGAACACCAUUUUGCAUCGAGUAGAAGUGUCUCUAAACUCACGACCCCUCGGUGCAUUAUCGUCAGACCCCAAUGAUUACGCGCCGUUAACCGCUGGCCAUUUUAUAUCGAUGGGACCACCGGCUAAGAUACCAGUACCAGACAACGAAGAUCGUCCGGUCUCCGUCAGCUUGCGACAACGAUGGACACUGGUUAAACAAAUCCAACAGCACUUCUGGCAAAGAUGGCAGCGGGAGUAUUUAACAACGUUGCAACCACGCAAAAAAUGGCUGAAAAUAGCCAUAGACCUCAAGGUGGGUCAACUUGUUCUAAUCAAAGAACCAUCACCAGCCCUCACGUGGAAAACCGCUCGUAUCGUGGAAAUUUACCCAGGAACGGAUGCCAUAACCCGGGUCGCUGAUGUCAAGUUGGCCAACGGCACCGUUCUACGUCGUCCCGUGGUCAAGCUAUGCCCUUUGCCACUAUCCAAUUGA